GGCGCCCACUCUGCGCCCGGCGCGGGGAGGCGGCGGCGGCGGCGGGGCUCGGCUCAGCCCUCGCGGGCCCCCGCGCUGCUCCCACGGGCGAGGCGCGCGUCCCGGCGGCUCCGGGCGCCUCGAGCCCCGCGAUGUCCGCUCACGUUCUGGCAUUUUUACGCCGCGGGACCCCUGUGCCCCCGGCAGCCCCGGGGGCGGCGAGGAAUCCCGCAGCCGCAGGGGAUGACGCCGGCGCCCCCGCGGCCCCGGCUCCGGGCGGGGAGGGCGAGCCCCUCGGCCGGCACCGCGACGCGCGCCUGGGCGGCACCGAUAAGGAGCUGAAGGCAGGGGCCGCCGCCGCGCGCAGCUCCCCGACAGCGCUGGGGACGCCCCGGCAGCGCGAGCCGCGGGUCGAGGUUAUGGACUCAGCGGGCGGCGCGCGCAGCCUGCUCCCCCGGCCCUGCCGCGUGCUGAUCCUGCUAAACCCGCGCGGAGGCAAGGGCAAGGCGCUGCAGCUCUUCCGCAGCCACGUGCAGCCCCUGCUGGCGCAGGCCGAGGUCUCCUUCACGCUGAUGCUCACUGAGCGGCGGAACCACGCUCGGGAGCUGGUGCGCGGGGAGGAGCUGGGGCGCUGGGAUGCGCUGGUGGUCAUGUCCGGAGACGGGCUGAUGCAUGAGGUGGUGAACGGGCUCAUGGAGCGGCCGGACUGGGAGACUGCCAUCCGGAAGCCCCUGUGCAGCCUCCCCGCCGGCUCUGGUAACGCGCUGGCAGCUUCUCUGAACCAUUAUGCCGGCUACGAGCAGGUGACUAAUGAGGACCUCUUGACCAACUGCACGCUGCUGCUGUGCCGCCGGCUGCUGGCACCCAUGAACCUGCUGUCACUGCAGACAGCCUCCGGGACGCGCCUCUUCUCCGUGCUUAGCCUGGCUUGGGGCUUCAUUGCUGACGUGGAUCUGGAGAGCGAGAAGUUUCGGCGUCUAGGGGAGAUGCGCUUCACUCUGGGCACCUUCCUGCGCUUGGCGGCCCUGCGUGUCUACCAGGGCACACUGGCCUACCUCCCCGUGGAAAGGGUGGUCUCCCAGAUGCCCACCUCCCCUGCUGUGGACCGGCAGGACCAGCAGGGUCCUACAGAUGUGCACCUCGUACCCCUGGAGGAGCCAGUGCCCUCACACUGGACGGUGGUACCAGAGCAGGACUUCGUGCUGGUGCUGGCCCUGCUGCACUCACACCUGGGCAGCGAGAUGUUUGCUGCCCCCAUGGGCCGAUGCCCGGCUGGCACUAUGCACCUGUUCUACGUGCGGGCGGGUGUGUCUCGGGCCAUGCUGCUGCGCCUCUUCCUGGCCAUGGAGAAGGGCAGGCACAUGGAGUAUGACUGUCCCUACCUGGUGUAUGUGCCUGUGGUUGCCUUCCGCCUGGAGCCCAAGGAUGGGAAGGGGGUGUUUGCUGUGGACGGGGAGCUGAUGGUCAGUGAGGCCGUGCAGGGCCAGGUGCACCCAGACUACCUCUGGAUGGUCAGUGGCUGCAUGGAGCCCCCAGCCAGCCAGAAGCCUCCCCAGGGACCAUCUCCAGAAGAGCCCUUGUGACUCUGUGGGCCUUGCCGUGCUUUAGCCUCCUUGGUCAACUCUGGCAGGACCCUCUCCACCCUUCCGCCAGGACUGGAGGGCCUGUCCGCAGCUCAUGUGCCACGGAGGAGGAGGACGCCUGAGGACGGACGGUGGGAAGGUAGAGGCUGUGCUUUGGGAGGGCAGGCUCUGCCUACCAAAGGCCAGCAUGAGGCUCUGGGCCAGGAGCCCAGCUGGUUGGGCCUCCCUGCCUACAGAAGCCACUCCCAUUUUGUUUCUGGGAGCCCAACCCCAUGAAUUAAAUACAAAUAAAGUGACAUUCCCAGCC